AUGGAGGUAACAGGGCUUGAGGCAGAGAUGGCUCGGAUGGGCAACGGAAGCAUGGCGGGGACUACGGCAGUGCUAUCGGUGCGCGGAAUGACCUGCGCGGCGUGCGUGAAGACGGUGGACGAAGCGGUCCGGGCGGUGGACGGAGUGGUGAACGCGGAGGUCUCGUUGGUGACGGAGGAGUGUCGGGUGGAGUACGAGCGCAAGCGGGUGGGGCUGCGGCAGAUCGUGGAGACGAUCGAGGACUGCGGGUUCGAGGCGCGGGUGGGCGGAUGUGCGCGGGAGGAGCAGGUGCGGCGGCUCGCGCGGGCAGAGGAGACGGCGCAGUGGCGGCGGCGGGCGGCGCAGGCGUGGGCCGCGGCGGCGGUGAUGAUGGGACUUUACAUGGUGGCCCCGCUGGAGGAGGCGCUGGGGCCCACGCCGCUGGCGGGGCUGUUCUGGCGGGACGUGGCCGGGCUGGCGGUGGCGAGCGGCGUGCUGGCAACGGCGGGGCGGCCGUUUCUGCGGGGACUGGGCGCGCUGCGGCACGGACGGGGGACGAUGGACACGCUGGUAGCGCUGUCCUCAGGGGUGACGUACCUGUUCUCGGUCGCGACGAUCUGCCGGGGGGUGUGGCUGGGGAGCGCGGACCCGCCCAGCACGUUCCUGGACACGACGGUGAUGCUGGUGGCGUUCAUCUGUGUGGGCAAGCUGCUGGAGAGCCGCGCGCGCGCGCGCGCGGCGGACUCGCUGGCGCGGAUGGUGUCGAGCGCGCCCAGCAUGUGCACGAUCCGCGAGUCGGGCAGCGACCGCGAGGUGGAGGUGGAGCUGCUGCAGGCGGGCGACGUGGUGGUGAUGAGGCCGGGCACGAAGCUGCCGGCGGACGGCACAGUGCUGGAGGGCGAGGCGGAGGUGGACGAGUCGCUGAUGACGGGGGAGUCGACGCUGGUGCCCAAGUACCCCGGCAGCAGGGUGCUCUGCGGCUCUGUGAACGGCGCGGCAGGGUUCCUGUACCGCGCGGACCUGGUGGGCGAGGAGACACGCCUGGCGGGCAUCGUUGCUGCGAUGAAGCAGGCACAGCUCGCGAAGGCACCGAUCCAGCGCUACGCGGACUUCCUGGCCUCGUGGUUCAUUCCCAGCGUGCUGAUCCUGGCGUUGCUGACUUUCGUAUGCUGGAUGCUCAUCUGCACGCUUUUGGCGACGCCGCCAUCCAUCUUCAACAACUCCAACCGACUGUACGUCUGCUCGCGUAUCGCGAUUACCGUGAUCGUGGUGGCCUGUCCGUGUCCGCUGGGGCUUGCAGCGCCCACCGCUAUCAUGGUCGGGACGGGGCUCGGCGCUGAACGCGGACUACUGUUCAAGGGCGGCGACGUGAUAGAAACCGCCGCUGCUGUGCAGGCGAUUUUGUUUGAUAAAACGGGCACGCUGACCACCGGCAAGUUGACUGUACACAACUUCACCUCAGAGUCCAAGGCACUGACUCCGGACCAGUGGGCCCUGGUUUGCGCCGCGGAGCGCCUCAGCGAGCAUCCGAUUGCACGUGCGAUCGUUACAUAUGCCGAACCAUACGCUUCGCCGGAGGCCGUCGCGCGCAUUGUUGUGCUAAAUCACGAGGUCCUUGUGGGCCUAGGUGUGCGCUGUGUUUUGCAACUAGACGGCGUGGAGCAUAGGAUCACCAUCGGCAGUGCACGCUUGCUGCCCGAAGGGCCAUCGAAGUUUUCCGGUUCCACUGCGUCCUUUGUUGCUGUGAACGAUGUUCUACUGGGACGCUUUGACCUUUCUGACUCCCUACGUGAGGACGCGUACGAAGUGGUCCAGGCGCUCCUUUCCCGCGGCCACUACGUCGGAAUGGUUACUGGCGACAACCACGAGGCGGCGAUGCAUGUAUCGCACGCUCUUGGAAUCCCGCUCAACAAUGUUUUCAGUGAACGUUUACCAGAGGGCAAGUGCGACGUUUUGCGGCAGCUGCGGCAAAAGUACGACUAUGUUGCCUUUAUCGGAGACGGCAUCAACGACUCUGUGGCACUCGCUGAAAGCGACCUCGGUAUUUCGCUGUCCGGCAACAGUGACAUCGUUGCGGACGCCGCCGGAAUCGUGGUUUUGGACCAUUCCUCGGCGCCGCCGCUAACCCGCAUUCUGUAUGCCAUCGAUCUCGCGCGCGCCACGUUUAACCGCGUCAAGCUGAACAUUUUCUGGGCAGUCCUGUACAAUUCUCUCAUGCUCCCAGUCAGCAUGGGCGUCCUCAUUCCGUGGGGCAUACAAUUGCCGCCCAUGGCUGCCGCCGCGGGUAUGGCGAUGAGCUCUGUGAGCGUGGUGACAAGCUCCCUGCUGCUGGCGCGCUGGAGACCAGUCCCUGCUGCGUCGCGCAAGGCCGCCGUGGGAUCCUGGCGCAACUUCUUCAAAAAAGGUCCACGGGCGGACCAAGUCGAGCUUCAACAUCUCGCGCCCGAAGUAUGA